GCCGGUAGAGGCGUCUCUCCUUCACUUCGCCCUCCAACCGGAGUGAUUUACUGUGGCAGUGCAGCCAGAAACGGCAAAAGAAAAGCAAAUAAACCUUACUUUCUAGCUCGCCUCAAGAUCAGACACAGGAAGAAUGGCUGUUCCUCCAUCAUACGGUGAUCUGGGUAAAUCCUCUAGAGACAUUUUCAACAAAGGAUAUGGAUUUGGGGUGGUGAAACUGGAAGUAAAGACCAAGUCUGCCAGUGGAGUGGAAUUCACAACUUCUGGCUCAUCCAACACUGACACGAGCAAAGUCAUUGGAAGUCUGGAUACUAAAUACAAGUGGUCUGAAUAUGGUCUGACCUUCACAGAGAAGUGGAACACUGAUAACACUCUGGGAACAGAAAUCACAAUUGAAGACCAGAUUGCCAAAGGUUUGAAGCUGACAUUUGAUACUACCUUCUCACCAAAUACUGGCAAAAAGAGUGGGAAAGUCAAGACUGCAUACAAGCGCGAGUUUGUCAAUCUGGGUUGUGAUGUGGACUUUGACUUUGCUGGCCCAACUAUCCAUGGUGCUGCUGUGGUUGGUUAUGAGGGAUGGCUUGCUGGCUACCAGAUGACUUUUGACACCGCCAAGUCGAAGAUGACUCGGAACAACUUCUCUGUGGGGUACAAAACUGGAGACUUCCAGCUACAUACCAAUGUUAAUGAUGGUUCUGAAUUUGGAGGUUCUAUUUACCAGAAAGUGAGCGAUAAGCUUGAAACUGCAGUCAAUCUGGCUUGGACUGCAGGCAGCAAUAGUACUCGUUUUGGCAUUGCCGCAAAGUACCAGCUGGAUUCUACUGCUUCCAUCUCCGCGAAGGUGAAUAAUUCCAGCCUAAUUGGAGUGGGAUAUACUCAAACCCUAAGGCCAGGUGUAAAACUUACUCUGUCUUCCUUGAUUGACGGGAAGAGCAUCAACGCUGGUGGCCACAAACUGGGUUUGGGCCUGGAGUUGGAGGCAUAAGAGGCUUAACUAUAGCUUGCGCAAUGAGGAAAUUGGAAGAUUUGGCCUUAAAUGCAGUUCAUACGACCAGCGGGGGGAUUUCUGAAAGGGAUGUUUGAAACAACAAGAAAACUGGUCCUUUUAAUACUCCUAGGCAGUCUGAAAGCUGGUUUCAGUACAAUGGGUUAUAGUUAUUAAAGAAGGCUGUAGUAGGGCAGUCAUUUUAUACAUUUUCAUGUAUUUAAUGAGUCUGUGUGCUGCCAUCCUAAUGAAAUACAUCUUUAUCAAAAAUGGACAUUUUGUGAGUGCAUGUUAAACAUUUGAUAUGUUGGAUACAGAUGAACACAGAUUGGGGGGGGGGGGGAGAAGAACACGGUAUUUUUGUUUUACUACAGCAUAUUUAAUAAUUGAUAUUCCUCUUUUACCUUGUAUGAUUUGAAGUACUUUAGCAGAGUUCUUUGUAUUUAAAUGCUGUACAAUUAUACUUUUAAUCGCAUGCAUUGGAAGCUUAACCCAUCUUGCAAUUUGCUGUGCCACUAUCAGGGAUAGUAAUGGAAUUUAAAUCAAAACCAUAACACUAAACUGAUGUUAUUACAAAUAUCUUGUUAAAUGUAACUUAUAAUUGGAAUAUAUGUCAAGCUUGGUCAAUUGGAGGGUCUUUUUUUGCUUUUACAAAGUAUCAGUAUAGAACUACUGAUCAAGAUGCAAAACACAAACUCAGUUUACACCAAAAAACAAAACAAAACGCAAAACAGAAUCUCGCAUCAAAAAUGAAUUUGACAAACCCUAAAGCUAUAACUGCCACUACCAUGUCAUUGCUGUCAAGAGUCCUCAUGUAUUUAACUUCCAAAUAAAGGCUUUGAACCCAA